UGAUUGAUCAUUCAAUUCGAGCGGAUCGAAGAUCACUCGAUUGAGAAUUCGGAUUGAGUCAGUCGAGUCCCCCGGCACCAAGUUUGGAUUUCAUUGAACAUAUCUUCAAGCCUCAAGGUCGGAAGAGAAAAACGUUGGAAGCGAGGAAGGGCGGACCACGAUGAUUGCUUGAGUGCAUCGUCCCACAACAUUCCUUGAAGUCACUUAUUCUCUUGUCACAAGUUUCCACCAUGAAGACCGCUAUCAUCGCAUCCCUUAUCGCCUCUGCUGCUGCCUUUGCUCCAGCAAAGAACGCCGCCAAGACUUCGGUCGCCACUAGCAUGGCCUUCGAAGACGAACUUGGUGCACAGGCUCCCCUUGGAUUCUUCGACCCCCUUGGACUUGUUGAGGAUGGUGAUGAAGAGAAGUUUGCCCGACUCCGAUACACUGAAAUCAAGCACGGACGCAUCUGUAUGCUUGGUGUUGUCGGAUACUUGGUUUCUGAGAAUGGAAUCCGUCUUCCAUGGGACCUCGACUACUCCGGAAAGACCUUCUCUGAUGUUGGUGCCGGAUUUGAUGUCUUCAAGGACAUCUCCAGUGCUGGAAUCCUGCAGGUUGUUGGAUUCAUUGGAUUCCUUGAAUUGUCUGUGAUGAAGGACAUCCCAGGAACUGGAAACGAGCACAUUGGUGAUUUCCGCAAUGGAUUCAUUGACUUCGGCUGGGACAACUUUGAUGAGGAGACCAAGCUUGCGAAGCGUGCCAUUGAACUGAACCAAGGCCGUGCUGCACAGAUGGGUCUCCUUGGACUCAUGGUCCACGAAAAGCUUGGUGUUAGCCUUCUUCCCGAGGGAUCUGUUCAUUAAAUUGGCUGAUCGAAUCAUUGAAGCCAUGGAUCGUGUGUGGCAAAGUGCUUGUCAAACGGUGAUUUUAUGGUGUUUCGUGGCCUGAUCUCAUAUAGACAGUCUUCAUAAUCUACUAGCUAAGCAAUGAGUUUCUGCCGC